GCGUCAGCUGAGCAUCCGACGGCAGCUGUUGGCUUCGGUGUCCCGAUCGCUGACUUCAGGCGUUGCUACGACCCAGACGGCAAAAGUGCAGGAUGGUAAGGGAAAGGUCCGCUAGCGGAGUGUGGGUGCCUGCAUGGGUGUAGCCAGGAUUUCUGGGGUUGGGGGGGGGGGGGGCGGUGGGGCAGGAGACCCGUCUGUCAUCAUCCUCUUUCUGGCUGUGUCUAGCAGAUUCGGAAUGAAAUAUCUCAACAACAGUUGUUUUAAAUUACUUUCUUUUGACCCCAAGUGCUCAGGAAAAUCUGUCAAAAUCUUUGUAAUAAUAAUAAUAAUAAUAAUAAUAAUAAUAAUAAUAAUAAUAUAUUAUAUAUAACCUGCCCAUCUGCCUAGGUUUCCCCAGCCACUCUGGGCAGCUCCCAACAGAAUAUUAAAAACACAAUAAAACAUCAAACAUUAAAAACUUCCCUAAACAAGGGUUGCCUUCAGAUGUCCCCUAACCUGCCCCCUCCCCCAACAUCCAUAGGUGUGUGUGUGAGGAAGAGGAGGAAAUGGGGCUGCCAACUGACUCGGAAAAAACGGGUUUGUACUGCUCUUGUGGCUUUAGGUAAAGGUAAAGGUACCCCUGCCCGUACGGGCCAGUCGUGUCCGACUCUAGGGUUGCGCGCUCAUCUCGCUUAAGAGGCCGGGGGCCAGCGCUGUCCGGAGACACUUCUGGGUCACGUGGCCAGCUUGACGAAGCUGCUCUGGCGAGCCAGCACCAGCGCAGCACACAGAAACGCCGUUUACCUUCCCGCUAUAAAGCGGUACCUAUUUAUCUACUUGCACUCAGGAGUGCUUUCGAACUGCUAGGUGGGCAGGAGCUGGGACCGAACAACGGGAGCUCACCCCGUCACGGGGACUCGAACCGCCGACCAUACGAUCGGCAAGUCCUAGGCGCUGAGGUUUUACCCACAGCGCUUGUGGCUUUAAGAGCAGCUUAACUUUGAGAUCUUCAUCCCGAGAAAGAAUUAGUUUUAUUUAUUUCUGUUGCUCUGAGUAGACCCACUGACAAUAAUGGAGCCUAAUUUUUAUUUUAUUGCAUUUCUAGCCCACCUUUUUUCUCUAACGAGUGGCAGUCACGGUUCUUCCCCCUCCUUAUUUAACCCCCACAACAACCCUCUGAGGUAGGUAAGGCUGAGAGAAGGCAGUGACUGUUCCCCACGGCUGAGUGGAGAUUUGAACCCUGGUCUCCCAGCUCCUAGUCCACUGCUCUAACCAUUACACCACCAAUUGCUCUUUGUGUGGAAUGGAUAGCGAAUGAGAGUGGGUUGCAUGAACAAUGUGUGUGUGUGUGUGUGUGUGUGUGUGUGUGUGUGAAAGAGAGAGAGAGAUUUGAAUUUUAUGUUAUGCUGCCUUGCAGUACUCUCUGGUUUUAUGGAUACUGACAUCACUUAUGAACAAAGAUAUUGUUUAGGCCAGUGUUUCCCAAACUGGGGUCUCCAGCUGUUUUUGAACUACAAUUCCCAACAUCCCUGACCGCGGGUCCUGCUAGCUAGGAAUGAUGGGAGUUGUAGUCCAAAAAAGCUGGAUACUCUGGUUCAGGAAAUAACAACAACAACAAUUUAUUAUUAAACCGUGCCCAUCUGGCUGGGAUUCCCCAGCCGCUCUGGGCAGCUACUAACAAGAUAUUAAAAACCUAGUAAAACCUGCGUUCCACAGGGCAAGUGCCACUAACAACAACAACAACAGCAAUUUAUUAUUAUACUGGGUUUCCCCAGCAACUCUGGGCACCUACUAACAAGAUAUUAAAAACAUAGUAAAACAUCAAAGAUUAAAAACUUCCCUAUUCUGGGCUGCCUUCAGAUGUCUUCUAAAAGUCAGAUAGUUGUUUAUUUCUUUGACAUCUGAUGGGAGGGCGUUCCACAGGGCAGGUGCCACUACCAAGAAGGCCCUCUGCCUGGUUCCCUGCAGCCUUACCUUUUGCAGUGAGGGAACUGCCAGAAGGCCCUUGGAUCUGGACCCCGGUGUCUGGGGCUGAAUGAUGGGGGUCGAGAUGCUUUCAGGACCGAUGUUAUGUGGUCUCGGCGGCCACUUCCAGUCACCAGUCCAGCGGCCACAUUCUAGAUUAGUUGUAGUUUCCUGAUCACCUUCAAAGGUAGCUCCACAUAGAGCGCUUUGCGGUUAGAAACACUGGUUUAGGCUAAGAGAAACACCUGAGAGCAGGCUCACAUGCUCCUUUGGCAACAGAUAACCCUUAUCUCCCGGGUCCUAAUCUGACAUUAACCACUACACCACACUCUCUGCUUCCUUCCCAGGCCCUGCGGUUGAAUGUAAAACUCCUGUCAGGAGAGCAAUACUCCCUGGACACGCAUGCCAGCAAAACUGUUUGGGAUUUCAAAAUCCAAGUAGCCCAGAAGACAGGGUUGUCCCCAUAUCAGCAGAAGCUGGCCUGCCAGUCUAACGGCAACAUCAACCUUCAGGACAGCGACCAGCUCUCCAGAUUCGGGCUGAAAUCCGGGGACACCAUACUGUUGGUGGUCAAGAGCGAGGAGUCCAUCCCCAUCUUCCUGCAUAACGCCAGGGGCCAAACCAGAAGCUACCACGUCAUGCCUUCGGAUUCGGUGGACCAGUUCAAAGCUCGAAUUCGGCAGCAGGAGAACAUCCAGCCUGAUCAGUUCUGGCUGACGUAUGAAGGGAAACCCCUGGAAAAUGGCAAGAAGCUGUCUGACUACAACAUCGCUCCCCACGGCACCGUCUACUUUAACUUCCGCCUCCGAGGGGGUUGCAAUUUGGGGGGUGGGCCAGCUUAGCAGACCUCGGGACCCCCCAGGCUGUUUCCUCUCUGCUUUUUCUGACUCGCUUCUAAGUUAGGUCACGCUCUGCCCCCAUCUUCAGCAUGCCACCAGCCUUACGGUCUAUGUCAGGGGUCAGCAACCAUUUUUCAGCCAUGGGCCGGUCCAUCGUCCCUCAGACCAUGUGGUGGGCUGGACUAUAUUUUGGAAAAAAAUAUGAGCAAAUUCCUAUGCCCCACAAAUAACCCAGAGAUGCAUUUUAAAUAAAAGGACACAUUCUACUCAUGUAAAAACACGCUGAUUCCCGGACCAUCCGUGGGCCGGACUGAGAAGGCGAUUGGGCCGCAUCCGGCCCCCGGGCCUUGGGUACCUACCCCUGCUCUAUGUAUUUGCAGCAGUACCGAGCAUUUUUGGAAACUUUGUUGAGCCACCUGUUGCGCAAGGAGCUUCCGCCAGUGCAACUGCUGAGUUGAAUUCCUCCAUUGCUCAACAUGAAAAUCCAGCUAGCGCAGGUACAGAGAGCAUUGCCAAUAGAGCUCAGUGUUAUAGAAAUGUUGCAGCAGGUAUUCCAUCUAGCUGCAGACAUCGCACAUGGCUGUAGCCAUUCUGCUCUGUAGCCAUUCUGUAGCCACUUGGCUUCUCCUUGCCCUGAAUUCUUUCCAUUCAGGCUGGAUAUUGUCAGAAAUUAUAACUUCCAACAACUGGUUGCCUGGGCUUGCUUGUUUUCCUCUUCCCUCAGCAUCCCUUUUUCCUUUCGUUGUUUUAUGUAAGCUGCUCUGGGAGCCUUUUUUGGGGGGUGGGAAGAGUGGGGCAAAAAUGCUUAAAAUAAAUAGCAAGUGUUAACUGGCUUUUUAAUUAUUAUUUUGUCCUUCUGUGGCUUCGAUUCCGUAUUGUACUCAAGAGCUUUUAUGUACUUGCUUUUACACUGCUUUCAAAAAUAAAUACAAGAAAACAC